AAUCAUUCAUACUCCCUAUGCACUACUCACUCUAAAGUCGUCUUCUUCAUAACUCUCUCUCUCUUUCGCAGAAUUUUCCGAUUCCUUUUUAUUUAUUGCACUUUUCUCAUUCCUUUUCUGUUCAUACGAAAAUCUUUCCUCUCUCGACGUAUUCAUGUCGGAUAACGGUCGGCCACUGCCCAAAUUCGGUGAAUGGGAUGUCAAUGAUCCAGCCUCAGCUGAGGGGUUCACAGUGAUUUUUAAUAAGGCAAGGAAUGAGAAAAAGACAGGUGGAAAUCCUGAGUCACCAGGAAAGACUGCCACUGAACCUCAUAGCAAACCUGCAUUAGAUCCUGCCAAACCUCAAAGUAAAAAAUGGUUUUGCUGCAUACAAAACCCUCCUGCAGAAUCUUAACAAUGCUGGCUCGAGUGAAACAGAACAACAAUGUUUAUGUGUAACUAGCUCCACAGUAUUUCCUCAAACAUAGGAGCUGUAGAGCCAUAAGUAAAUUCUACUGGAAUUUAGAUUCUGUGAUGUAAAAGUGAGCUGCAAUGCGGGAAAGCAAAGAAGACAAGUUAUUAUUUAUGUGUGUGUAUCAAUGUUGUGGUUUAUAAUUAGGAGCCAAGGUUGCUUUCUGUUUUGCCUUGUCUUAUGAGCUAGAGCGUUGCUUGUCACACUGUAUUCCUUGUAUUAUCAAACAAGUCCUAUUUUAUGAAUGCAUUUUAUUUCUUUUAUUUAUUUA